UGUAGGUUUUGAUAGUCUUAAAUCGUAAGAUAGAAGUAAAUGGAUCGAAAGAGCUAUUACCCCAGUUCUCAUUCAAGUAAUCCUCCCCAAACCCACAUGCAGAGUAAAAGAAGACCACAAGAUUAUCAGAAUUAUCGUCAAACAGAGAUGGGAUAUCAACAAGAGGAAAUUAAUCAUAGUCCAGAUUUUUAGACCAAAGGGAAAUCUCUAUCAGGAUACUAAUAUACCUGGAAGGAAUACUCAAGUUCAAUCAAGAAGAAUGAAAAACCCAGAGUAUGAUGCUUCAGUUCCAGGAAGAAGUUCUCACAUUAUUAACUCAAGGCCUCAAUACGAAGAGAUGGUAGAUAUAGAACCUGAAAGAAUUAUUAGAAGAUCUGAAAUUGACCGUAAAUAACAACCCAAUGUUUAAUUCAUUCCAGAACUACACUAGAGAAAUGCUCGACCCUGAGGUGUCAGUGAACCAAUCUUACUACCAGCCUUCAAAUAUUCCUCAAUGUGAGAUCUCAGUAGGCCAAGAAAUGUACGAGAACUCAACAUUGAACCAAAGUAUGGGACUAAUUAAAAUGUCUUCACAGAUAAGUAAGAAGAGCAGUAUUCAGGAAUAUGAGCAUAAUCCAAAAUAUUCGGAGAAUGGUCAUCGGGUUUACCAGAAUAAUGCGCUAAGAAGCCCAGAAGUUUCUGUUGAACAAUUUGUGGAGUAUCAAGGAGCCCAUCAUGGGCAUAGUCAGACUCAGAAUUACCAUCCCCAGGUAGAAAGAGUCGGCCAUAAUUUUCCUCCUAAGAAGAUUGUCAGAGAACAAAGGCAGCCUCCAAUGGAACUUCAAGAAAGCCGAGAAGAAGAGCACCAUCAACCAGAAAAAGAGCAGUCCAAGCGACCUGACAUAAUAAACAAGGUUGUCAUCAAACCUUCUGAGAGAGAAGAAGAAAAAGUUGCAAUCACAAAGAUAGAAAAUGUUGAUGAUCAAGUUCUAGUCGGUGCACAAGAUGAAAAUCUUGGAGCUAUCGAGACCCCUCAAAAAGAUAAAGUACACAGUAAUGAUAACAACGAGGAGGAAACUAAUGAGAACUUUAAAACUGUUCCAAGGAAUACACAUCAGAUGCAUACGAAUGCUGCUGAUGAAAUUCCAAUAACCGCCAAAGUUUGUAGUUUCGAAGAACUUCUUGCAAGAAAUUUACAGAAUGAGGAUGAAAAUGAGGAAGGAAUUUUCGGGAAAUCCGUCUCAAAACCGGCCACUAAAUCUAAACCCAAACUUAAACCAAAGCAGAAAUCAGCAAGGGAUGAUAGUGUCAAGACCCAGAAGAGGUCAGAUGCAAUGAAAAAUACUCCUUUAAAACAAACCUCAAAAGAUAUCGGAGAGAUGUCUUCAACUUUAAAAAUCAGCAAAGAAUUCUUGUCCCCUGAUGACCGAAGGAACACUGAAGAAGUUGAAAAAAUGACCUCUCAACAACAGAAAGAACCAGUCAAGACCUUUAAAAUGUACCUCGCAGACGAAGGCUUCACUGAUUCUGAUGAAUCAGAGGAAGAAAAUGUAAUUGAAACCCACUUCAACAAGCUUGACCCCGACCUGAAGCUUGAAGUCUCCAAACUAAUGGCUAAAAUAAAGCUCUCACGCAAAUCAAAGCGUCAAAAGAAGGAUGAAAUUCAUGACAAAAUCAGUGACAUCAAAGAGCAGAUUGUUGUCCAAAGCCAGUAUAAAGCUGACGUAUUAAACCAGAUUGAAAAGAUGGUAGCAGACUUUAAAAUAGAGAGACAAGAAAAAAUGAACAAACUAAAACAAACUGAUAAAGAGCUUAACAACUUGCGUGAACUAGCCCAUCUAAAGGAAAAGAAAGCCCUUUUCGAACAGACUCUAAAGACCCUGAAGGAUGAUAAUAAAUAAACUGAAAGAGCUGAAGCUCAAGCAGAAGAGACUUAAAGACCAACAACGGCAGGAGGAAGAACAAAGAAAGAUAAGAAUUAGAGAAGAGAAAAAGCAGAAAUUACUGGAAGACAAACAAAAGCAGCAGGAGUUACAAGAAAAAUCCAAGCAGAAAACCUUUAAGAUAAGAAGGACCAAGGAAGAGAGAAGAGCCCUUGGUAAAAAUAAGUAUGGGGGCAUUAAGAAUUAUAAUAUGGGUUCUGACAAGGAUAACGAAGAGUUCAGAGUCAAAUCUUACAAAAGCGAAAAGUCUAGAUCCUCUGAACAAGAGCAAGACGAAGAUCAAGAGGAAGAAGAUACUUCUGAUGAAUACUGCCUAUACUUACCUCCUGAAUACCAUAAUGAUAAGGAAUGGAAUGAUGAUAUUAAGAAGCAGCUAAGGAGCAAAGAUGGGAAAAUUCAAACUAUCUAUACGAGUGGAAAGAUAGAAGUAAUUUUCCCACAUAAUAAAGUAACGAAGCAGAUCUUCCCAGACGGAUAUACUAUAGUCUACUUCUUGAAUAAAGAUGUGAAACAGAAGUUCCCUGAUGGUAAACAAGUGUACUAUUUUGCAGAAGUUGAGACUACACAGACUACUUUCCCUGAUGGCCUUCAGGUUUUCAGGUUCAACAAUGGGCAAAUAGAGAAGCAUUUCAAAGAUGGAACUAAAGAAAUAAAUUUCCAAGAUGGCUCAAAGAAAAUAAUUACAGAAGAAAAAGAAAUUAGCUAUAUGCCAGAUGGAUCAAUACAUACACUCACGCAAGAUGGGAUACAAACUAUUGAGAGUCCUAAUGGAGAGAAAGAGGUUACUUACCCUGAUGGGCGAACUGAGCUGUAUUCUCCAGAUGGGACAAUAGAAUCGUUGUAAACAACGGAUCUUG